UGUGAUAUGUCGCGAAUUAUUCUGUCUUACAAAUAGUAUUCAGUAAAUAAACAAAAAACAAUUCAGCAAAUAACAAUUAUUUAUAGCUUGUAAUUUUUGCGUUUGUUUUUGAGUAUUUUACUGUAAAUUAAUACUACUUUAUGUAUCUUAUUUGAUACUUAACUAGUGUCGUAUUGCUGUGCACACUCUUCAGUAUCUUUGACAAAUCUGUUCCUAUCACAAUAGAAGCCAAAGUAUUUUAUCUUAAUUUUAACAACAUAUAAUAGGUUGCAGUAAUCUCAGUUAUUUGUGUGAUAUACGUUAUCACACAAAUACAUGUUCAAGGUAACCAGCACCCGCAGUUACGACCCACGUUGCUGUUACGGUAGUAGCGUGACGAUGAUCGGAAACGUUGUGUGGUCGCUGGUCGCGAUUUUAGCAGCAUCGCUAGCGAAUGUCGACAAUCGACGACCCACUUUGUUUCGACUGACCGUAUUACAUGCCAACGACAUUCACUCACGGUACGAAGAGACGGGUCAAGCCCCAGACAAAUGUUUUCGGGUAAACGACGAGUUGUGUAAGGGCUACGGUGGCAUCGGAAGGAUGCAGUGGGUGCUGGACAGAGAACGCGCCCGUGUCGCAGCAGAAGGCCCACAGUCCGGAGUUUUGUUCCUUUACGCUGGCGACACGUUCCAAGGGUCCGAUUUCUAUGACAUAAUGAGGUGGGAACCCGCUGCGGACUUCCUAGGAGACCUCGGCAUAGACGCGAUGUGUUUAGGGAAUCAUGAAUUCGAAGAUGGACCCGAAGGACUGGUACCCUUUCUCAAUUCCGUCAAUAUAAGUACCAUACCUGUGGUAGUAACUAAUUUGAAUCUAACUGAUGUACCUUCCUUGGCUAAAGUAAAGUCAUAUGCCGUGUUAAACAUAGCUGGUCAUACUAUUGGGAUAGUAGGUUAUUUGACACCUGAUACAACGUUUUUGAACAAAGUAGGAAAAGUGAAAAUAUUAGACGAGAUUGAAAGUCUUAAACCAGUCGUGACCGAACUCAAAGAACAAGGCAUAGACUUUGUAAUAGCAAUUGGUCAUUCAGGUUUAGAAAUGGAUAAGAGAGUGGCUAGAGAAGUGGAAGGCGUGGAUGCGAUAGUUGGUGGUCAUUCGCACUCUUAUCUUUUCAGUGGACUUGCUCAAGAUUCAGAAACUUCCAUGGGACCUUAUCCAGUUAUAGAGCACAGAGGAGAUCGGAUCAUACCGGUGGUCCAAGCAUACGCUUUCACUAAGUACUUGGGUAAAAUGGUAUUGUCAUUUAAAAAUGGAAAAUUAGUUAAUGCUACUGGUGAACCUAUUCUAUUGGAUGAUAGCAUACCUCAAGACGCCAGGAUAAUGAAAAAAGUUGAUUAUUACAAAAAACUAAUAGUUCAAAAACAUUCUGAUAUUCAAGUAGGCUCAACCAGAGUAUUAUUAGAUGGAGAAGGAUGUAAAUGUGCGGAAUGUAAUUUGGGCAAUGCUAUUGCCGACGCUUUUAUUCGAUGGAAUGUAGAUCAACUGAUAAACGACAAACUCAACAAUUUUGGCUGGACCGAUGCUAGCGUAAGCAUAAUCUUAUCGAGUGCUAUUAGAGCAUCCAUCAAUACAGGUGGAGUAUUUCAAAGUAAUAUAUCUUCCGCAUUGCCAUACAACACUUAUUUGAAUAAAGUAACUGUGACCGGCUCAACAUUAGUUAAAGCUCUGGAACACAGUGCUUCGCUAUUAGAUAAACCUAAAUGUGCUAUUCCGGAAAAAAAUAUUUAUGGGGCCUACAUGCAAGUAUCGGGUCUUAGAGUGACUUAUGAUCGGAAUAAACCCCAGGGGUCACGAAUACUGUCUGCUUUUAUUCGAUGUGCUGAAUGCCGAAUUCCUUUAUAUGAAUCCAUUCAACCAGACCGUCAAUACAAAGUGAUCAUAACCAAGUAUAUGGCAAAUGGCGGUGACCAGUUUACAAUGAUAAGGGAUGAAAAGAUUGACAGUGUUGAUUUGAAUAUCACUGAGAGAGAUGCUUUGGUAUAUUACACUCGAAAAAUGAGUCCUAUUUUAUCUCAAGUAGAAGGCAGAACAAUAAUAGUAUAGCAAUUACAAAAAUUAUGAAGCGUCUGAGUCAUCCUUACAGAAUAUUAGAAGUCGGAAUUAACAGUAAAAAAACUUUAUUAGACUAUAUUGAUAGUAAUUUGAUCCAGAUAAUUAUACUUGGAGAACAAUUUAUAAUUCGUGAGUUUUGUAUUUAGAUAUUUAAAAUACACAUUUUCCUGUUUUAUUUUA